AGUGAGAGAGGUUGUAGAGAUAGUGGGACAGAGAGAAAGAGAGAGAAAGAGAGAGAGAGAGACUGUGACUGGAAGUGGAACUGCCGGUUCCUGAGACAAACAGGAAACUUCUCGCGCCCUCUCAGCAUCCUCUCCUCCUUGCUCCCUGGACCAGCGCAAGACAAAUACUCAGCAGAUUUCUCCGUGACAUCGGGCUUUCGUCCACACAGAUCCACAGAUAAACGAAGCCACCUAGAAAACCAUCAUGUUUUACUUCCACUGUCCCCCUCAGCUGGAUGGAGAAUGCUGUCGGACUAAUACGCUGAACACCAACGGGUUUGCCAACCAUGCGUCAGCAGGUGAUUUUGAUGACGGCUUUCUGCGGAGAAAACAGCGGAGAAAUAGAACAACAUUUACUCUACAACAGUUGGAGGCUUUGGAGGCUGUGUUUGCGCAGACUCACUACCCCGAUGUUUUCACACGUGAGGAACUGGCCAUGAAGAUCAACCUGACUGAGGCGCGUGUCCAGGUGUGGUUCCAGAAUCGCAGGGCCAAGUGGAGGAAGACGGAAAGAGGGAGUACAGACCCCGACGGAGGUAAGGAGCAGAUGAACGAGGGAGGCACUCCUCCGUCCAGGAGUCUGAACUCCCAGUGUCCUGUGGACCAGAGCAGGAAACAGAAGGAACCUCUGGAGAUGCAGCAGAGUAUAAACCGAGCGGUGGGUCCUGGCGGGCCGUUCUUCCCAUCCUGUCUACCAGGGACCCUCCUGAACUCAGCCACCUAUGCCCAGGCUCUGUCGCACGUUGCCACAAUGAAGGGAGGUGGUCUGUGCUCUUGCUGUGUUCCUGACCCAAUGGGCCUGUCCUUCCUGCCCCCCUAUGGUUGUCAGGGCAACCGUACAGCCAGCGUGGCAGCCCUGCGGAUGAAGGCCCGUGAGCACUCUGAGGCCGUGCUGCAGUCAGCCAACCUGCUGGGGGCUGGCCAUGGGCAUGGUGCUGGAGUAGGAGGCCUGUCCGAGGUCGGGGUUUCCGGGAAUGGGUUGACAAGGCCCGGGAUGGGCCCUGCCCUGGGAGUUAUAUCUGGAUCAGUGUCGGGCGUCUCUGGAGCCGUGGGGAGAGGAGCAGGGGGCGGACUUACUCUCAGCCCAGUCUCCAAGACCCCGACUCAGGGUAGUGGGUCUGACAAACACCCCCUCUGCCCCAAGGAACCACUCGAGAAAAAGUGAGUGUGUGUGUCUGUGUCGCUGCCCAGAGGAGACCGACGUACGGACAGUGAGGAUGUACAGACAGACGGAUGGACUGGGACUUUAACUCCUGUGGUGUGACUGUGUCUGUUGUUAUGACCACGUUCCCUCUCCCUACUCCCCCUAAAGCACAACUAUGGACCUAUUCCUACUGGAGCAGGGAGAGGAGUGGUUACCCAGAUAUCAUACUAUAUGGAUUUAACUAUCAAGAUAUUUAUUUGAUUGUGAUUUAUUUAUUGUGGGUGAAUAUUGCUGAAUGUCAUGGGGCUGUUGCUGAACCUUUAUAAUGGACUCUAAAAGGGAUAACUUGAAUACAUUGUGUGUGUGUUUGUGUGUGUGUGUGUUCAUGUGCGUGUGCGCUUGUGUGUGUGUGUGCUUGUGUGUGAAAGAGACCCUGGCUGAUGUGAAUCUGAGGCAUUUCUCUUUCUCUCUCAUCUUGGCUACACUCUCCCUUGUGUAUUAUUAGAGUAUUGUGUUACAGAACGUCACCAGACAAUGUAACAUGUUAUGUUUGUCUUCUUAUGAACACAUGUAAAGCACAACGUGAAAUAUUGACAAGCUAUGGUCAUCAUUGUUCAGGCUUUUAGGCCAGCGACCAGAGAGAACUCCAACUAAUGAUUUAUUUAUCUUGUUUAACUGACAGGGACAGUGCACAUGAAUCAACGUAUACAUUUUCACAUCGAUGUUAAAGUGCCACAGUUGAAGCUUAUGUUGCUUCCCGGUCCCUUGGCUAAUAGAUAUGACACAACAGUGGUGUUGAUAUCAGGGCUGUUGCUAAUAUCUAUUCAGUCUGUUAGUAUGUCUGUAGUGUUACUAGCAUUAGCCGAACCCGGAUCACUUUAGUCCUGUUGUGACAUGUUCUCUAAAACAAUUAAAGAUGUAUUCUCUCCUGUUGCGUCCCGCCACGGCCAUCUGCUCCUAUCCAUUAUUCAUCAGCUUCCCUUAAAGCUGGAGAGAGACGAGAGCGAUCAUUGUACUUAUUAUUUAUUUACUUUUAGGAACGCCAACGCCACUCACUGCUUUUCUUUUCUCUCUCUCUCCCUCUCUCGCUCUCUGUCUCUUGCUGCCUCUCUCUAGUCUUCUCCACCUCUC